CAAACACGCCACGAGCUAACUCGGGUUACGAGAAGUCCCUAUUUAAAUAUCAUUCGGUGCCAUCCUCCCCUUGUAGAGAAGUGGUGAUUGGGUUAGAAAGGAUUUGGGCGUUACACGUCGCGGUUAAAUUCACAAUUUAGUUUUCUUUAGGAGUAUUCAACGGUAAAACAUAGCGACACCACUCUCAGGGAACCGGACUGGAUUUGUAACACAUGGCUUCUUCACACCAUCAAAACGACUUGUCUACCGGUUUCCACCCUCAGUUCAAAUCUUUCGCAACAGAGGCGAUCCACGUUGGGCAAGAACCGGAGCAAUGGAAAUCUAUGGCCGUGGUGCCACCUAUUUCUCUGUCCACCACGUUCAAGCAGUAUAGACCUGGAGAUCAUGCUGGUUUUGAGUACAGUCGGAGUGGAAACCCGACCAGAAACUGUCUGGAGAAAGCUGUUGCUGCUCUGGAUGGAGCAAAACACUGUCUUGCUCUUGCCUCUGGGCUGGCUGCGACUAUGACCAUCUCUCACAUGCUGAAAGCUGGAGAUGGCAUUGUCUGCAUGAACGAUGUGUAUGGAGGUACCAAUCGUUAUUUCCGAAAGAUUGCUGCAGAGGGUGGCUUGGUUGUGUCCUUUGCUGAUUGCACCAAAAUCGAGUUGCUCCAGGCUGCUCUUAAGCCGAACACAAAAUUGGUAUGGAUCGAGACCCCCACCAACCCCACCAUGAAAGUGGUGGAUAUCCAGGCCUGUGCAGAUGUGGUCCACCAACACAACACUGAUACCGUGGUGGUUGUGGACAACACUUUCAUGUCAGCCUACUUCCAGCGCCCCUUGGCCCUCGGCGCAGACAUAUGCAUGUAUUCAGCCACUAAGUACAUGAAUGGUCACAGUGACGUUGUAAUGGGCCUGGUGUCUGUGAACCGUGAGGACCUGUAUGACAGACUGAGGUUUCUACAGAAUGCCCUCGGAGCGGUACCGUCCCCCUUUGACUGCUACCUGUGUAACCGCGGCCUGAAAACCCUGCACCUGCGCAUGAGGCAGCACUUCAAGAACGCCCUGGCAGUGGCCAAGUUCCUGGAGGCCGACCCUAGGGUGGACCGAGUCAUCUUCCCAGGCUUGCCCUCCCACCCCCAGCACGAGCUGAUGAAGAAACAGUGCACAGGCUGCCCAGGGAUGAUCACCUUCUACAUAAAGGGAAAACUGGAGAAUGCCACCAUGUUCCUCAGCAACUUAAGGUUGUUUGCACUUGCCGAGAGCCUCGGUGGUUAUGAAAGCUUGGCAGAGCAUCCGGCGAUAAUGACCCAUGCGUCUGUUCCUGAGAGUGAUAGGGCCGACCUGGGGAUCAGUGACACYAUGGUCCGUCUGUCCGUGGGGCUGGAGGACGAGCAGGACAUCAUCGAUGACCUGGAACAAGCCCUGAACGCUGCUCAUCCAAAGAAGUAAUAUCUUCAGGACGUCCCAUGACCAGAGGUGGUCUGUCGUCAGCGGGACGGAGUGGAGGCAGGAGUACCCGGUGUUUAUAGCCGCGUACAAGAAGAGAGCGGCGCUUUAGSACAACGCACACAAACAAUGAUGAAAUCAUCAGGGAACGACCUGCUCUUUAAACAUUACGCCUUAAAUUAUUUAAUUGAUUCUUUGGAUGCUGAUUUUAUCAGGAGCACUUCCAAGGACUUUUUAAUCCAUUUGGCUGCUUUUGCAUUAUUUUUMUACGUUAUAUUUUGUUUGGAGGGUGUUGACGGGGCAUUGUGAAUGAGGUUCUUAUUCAAUCAAAACUGGUAUCCGGGACACUAGUGUAAGGCAAAACACUUAUGUUAACUAAAUGAAGCAGAAAGAAACUUGAGAACUAAUGAACCAUAAGGUCUUGCUCUGGAAAUGUCUGGAUAGCAGUUUUGAUUAAAUAUAACUUUGUCUGGCUCUAUCAAAUGUAUGCCUAGUAAAGGGAGAGUGGGGAAGCUUUGCCCCCCAGAGUUUGUCUUAAAGUUGGCCAGUGAGGGAGUGCCAACUUGUCCUUGCCAAGCACUUUUACAUUUUUAAUGGAAUGACAAACUAGUGCUGUGGUAGGAUUAUUCUUUGAGCUAUGUGGUGUUGCUGAACUCAACCCAGAGUUCACUGUAACGGGCUUGUUCUCCGAUCAAAACACAGUGACAUCAGGGUUUUCUAUCUGAGGAGAACCAACCCCACAUUGGAGCUCUCUCAUCUGACGGUGUAAUCUAUCACAUAUCAUAUCUGCCUGCUACUUAAUGAAUGUGCUUUGUUUGACCAUUACCAAACUCAAUAAAAUCAGUUUGCAGUACAUUAA